UUGCUUCAUCCGGAGCUCCGUAAACUCCACUCUGUGUCUUUCUCUUUCUCUGUCUCUCUCUCUCUCUCUCUCCAGAGUUUCAGACGGAGAAGUGAGAGCAACUAAAAAAUGGCGGUGGCUCAGAGAGCUCGGCGAUGGCUUCAAUGUCUCUUUGUGUGUUUGACAAUUCACUUUUCUCUGGUUUCGGCCGAGUUUUUCAAGCCGUUCAAUGUCAGUUAUGAUCACAGAGCUCUGAUCAUCGACGGCAAACGCCGCAUGCUCAACUCCGCCGGUAUUCAUUACCCUCGCGCCACUCCUGAGAUGUGGCCUGAUUUAAUUGCCAAGAGCAAGGAAGGUGGUGUAGAUGUUAUCCAAACUUAUGCAUUUUGGAAUGGGCAUGAACCAGUUAGAGGACAGUAUAACUUUGAGGGGAGAUAUGAUAUCAUCAAAUUUGUGAAGCUAGUGGGGUCCAGUGGACUCUAUUUCCAUCUUCGCAUAGGUCCAUAUGUAUGCGCUGAGUGGAACUUUGGAGGCUUCCCAGUGUGGUUGCGUGACAUUCCUGGCAUAGAAUUUCGGACAGACAAUGCCCCUUUCAAGGAGGAGAUGCAGCGUUUUGUCAAGAAGCUUGUGGACAUGAUGCGAGGGGAAAAGCUAUUUUCAUGGCAGGGUGGUCCAAUUAUUAUGCUGCAGAUUGAAAAUGAGUAUGGAAAUAUCGAAAAGUCAUUUGGCCAAGGUGGCAAGGAAUAUGUCAAGUGGGCUGCUAACAUGGCUCUAGACCUUGGCGCUGGAGUUCCAUGGGUAAUGUGCAAGCAGACUGAUGCUCCGGAUAACAUUAUUGACGCAUGUAAUGGAUACUAUUGUGAUGGCUACAAACCAAAUUCCUUUAACAAACCAACAAUUUGGACAGAAGACUGGGAUGGAUGGUAUACAUCAUGGGGUGGAAGAUUACCUCAUAGACCUGUUGAAGAUCUUGCAUUUGCAGUUGCACGCUUUUUCCAGCGUGGAGGGAGCUUUCAGAAUUACUAUAUGUAUUUUGGUGGAACAAACUUUGGCCGGACUUCUGGGGGCCCAUUCUACAUUACCAGUUAUGACUAUGACGCUCCAAUUGAUGAAUAUGGUCUACUUAGUGAGCCUAAAUGGGGGCAUCUGAAAGAUCUACAUGCUUCUAUAAAGCUUUGUGAACCUGCACUAGUUGCAGCUGAUUCACCCCAGUAUAUUAAAUUGGGACCAAAGCAGGAGGCGCAUGUAUAUACAAGCCAAGGCAGUUGCUCUGCAUUUCUUGCAAACAUAGAUGAACAAAAAACAACAACAGUAACAUUCAAGGGCCAAAAAUAUGAUUUACCACCGUGGUCAGUGAGUAUUUUACCUGAUUGCAGGAAUACCGUGUUCAACACUGCCAAGGUUGGAGCACAAACUUCUAUCAAAACAGUGGAGUUUGAUAUGCCUCUUUCAUCAAAUAAUUCUCUGCAAAAAGUGAUAACUGAGAAUAAUGGUUCCUAUGUCACAAAGUCCUGGAUGACUGUUAAAGAGCCCGUUGGUAUUUGGGGAGAGAACAAUUUUACUGCCCAAGGUAUAUUGGAGCAUUUGAACGUGACAAAGGACGUAUCUGAUUAUCUCUGGUAUUUAACCAGAAUAUUUGUUUCGGAUGACGACAUUGCAUUUUGGGAGGAACAUGGUAUUCCAGCACUUACAAUUGAUAGUACUCGUGAUGUGCUGCGUGUUUAUGUUAAUAGCCAACUUCAAGGCAGUGUAGUUGGUCGUUGGGUCAAGGUUUUCCAGCCUGUUCGUUUUCACCAAGGAUACAAUGACCUACUGUUGUUAUCUGAGACAGUCGGCUUGCAGAAUUAUGGUGCUUUCAUGGAGAGAGAUGGGGGAGGGUUUAGAGGACAAAUUAAACUCACCGGAUUUAGAAAUGGGGAUAUAGACCUGUCAAAGUCACUAUGGACCUACCAGGUUGGGCUUCAGGGAGAAUUUCUGAAAAUUUACAGCAUAGAGGAAAAUGACAAGGCUGGAUGGAAUGAUUUGACACUUGAUGCUGAUCCUUCCAUAUUUACCUGGUACAAGACAUACUUUGAUGCUCCUCCUGGUACAGAUCCAGUUGCUUUAGAUUUAGGAAGCAUGGGAAAAGGCCAGGCUUGGGUUAAUGGCCACCACAUUGGAAGAUACUGGACUCUGGUUGCCCCUAAUAAUGGAUGUCAAAAUACUUGUGAUUAUCGCGGAGCAUACCACUCAGACAAGUGUACAACAAAUUGCGGGAAGCCUACUCAAACCUGGUAUCAUGUACCCCGGUCGUGGUUACAGGCUUCAAAUAAUUUACUUGUCAUCUUUGAGGAAACUGGAGGGAACCCUUUUAAGAUUUCAGUCAACUUACGUACAGCACAAACCAUCUGUUCUCAGGUCUCAGAAUCUCAUUAUCCUCCUCCCCAAAAGUGGCCUAAGCAAGAUUCAUUUGAUGGAAAAUUAUCAGCAAACGAUUUGACGCCAGAAAUGAACUUGCGGUGUCGAGAUGGAUAUAUGAUUUCCUCCAUAAAAUUUGCAAGCUAUGGAACUCCUCAAGGUAGCUGCCAGAAGUUCUCUAGAGGCAAUUGCCAUGCACCCAAUUCACUGCCCAUAGUCUCUGAGGCUUGCUUAGGAAGAAGUAGCUGUUCCAUCAAAAUUUCAAAUCCUGUAUUUGGAGGCGAUCCAUGCAGGCACACUGUCAAGACACUGGCUGUUGAGGCAAGAUGCUCUAGAUCAUCGAAUAUCGGUAAGUCUCAGUUUUAAGAUUAACAAGCAGCAGAUGGAAGGAGUUGUCAGCCUCGUAAUCUAAUCCUUGUAGCAAUGAUAUAUAUGUGUUUCUUAUCAUCAAGACUGUUUGGAUCUGAUUCUUCAGUUGUUAUGUUUGUAUAGACGAUGAUAUGAGAUCACUGCUAAUAUGUUUAUAGUCUGCAAAUGUAAUAAGAAAACUCAACCCAAUGAAAUAUUGCUUGAUUAGGGUUGGCAUAAUGGGCCAUUAUAUUUUUAUA